GCACCAGGAGCAUUCUUCUGUCAACAUCCUGGCUGCGGCAAGUCAUUCACACGUGCAUACAAUCUUACAUCGCAUAUGCGCACCCACACAUCGGAACGGCCCUUCCCUUGCGGCCAGUGCGGUCGCCGGUUCGCUCGCCAACAUGAUCGUAACAGACACGAAAAGCUGCAUUGGGGCAUCAAGCCAUUCACCUGUGCCAAUUGCAAAAAGUCCUUUGCUCGUAUGGAUGCGCUCAACCGUCAU